AUGGCCACUCUUUGCGCUUAUGUUCUUUUACCAUUGAUAACAUGUCAUUAUAUCAACAAUUUAUCAGUUAAGAAAUAUGCAUGGAAUGAUAUGAUGUUACGACAUGCAUUACUUGCACUUGCUGUGAUUGAAGGUUUAUUAACAGGUUAUAUACUCUCCAAUCGUGUACUUCAUAGUUUAUCUCCAUUUGCUGCGUUAACGCCGUGUUUUAUUGGUACUAUUGGGCCAAUACUUCAAUUAACAGCAAAAAAUGAACGUUCAUUAUUAAUCUUAGUAACAAUUAUUGGUAGUUUUUCCUGUCAUAUACUAAUUGGAAUGUUAUUUGGCUUAACUUUUCCCUACGUACUUUUGGCAAUUUUUUAUACAACAAUUGGAUUCAUUGCACUGCAAUUAUUAAUUGCAAAUAUUGAUGAGCAUGUGAAUUUUUCAUCUGAUCAUCUCAUCUUUCCAUUUCUAUCACAAGCUUCUUCAUCAUUUCGUGGGCGAAUAUUAUCAAAAAGUGUAUCACUACCACAACCAGUACAACCACCGCAACCAGUACAACCACCACAACCAGUACAACCACCACUACCACCACCACCACCACCACCAUCAUCAUCAUCAUCAUCAUUAUCAUUAUCAUUAUCAUCUGCAUUAUCGUUACCUUCACUUCUUACAACUGAUCCUUUCAUGUCAACAAUACCGUUUACCAUUACAUUAAUACGUGGUGAUAAACUUCAAACAAUUAACCUUCAAUUACAGUUAACUUCAAAUGAAACCGUGAUAAACGAUAUUUUAUCAACGAGAGAAUACUGUGAUAAUGUCCUACUACUGCAUUUUUUAUGUGCUGGACGAUAUUUUCAUGUGGUAUUUUGCUCAGCACCAGAUGGUUUCAAUACCGGUGAUCAAUUUACUAUGCCAGCAAAAUGGCAAUCAUUGUGUAAGACGGCAAACAUUGACGAAGCAAAUAUUCGGAAUGGAAUUGUUCUCCGUAAUAUUGAAUUUGGUGAGGAAAUAAUUGUUUGUAAUAGAUCUGAAGCAUCGCUAAUCAAACCAAGGAAAAUAAUUCCGAAUGAUAAGCCAAAUCAACAGUUGAAAAUAAUACAGGAUGAAUUAACUGAUAACGGUUAG